CCUCCGCAAAUCAAGAGACAUUCAUCAAGACGACGCCCAUCAAAUUCGUUAAUCCACUACUUUGUUCUUCCUCCACUUCGAAUCAUCAUAACCCUUGUUUCUUCUUCCUCUUCUGCUUCGAAACAGUCAAUUUUUCUGUCAGAAUGACCGAGCCCUCGACGGAGAAACCCUCCGAAGGACCACCAGUCGUCUUCCGCCGCGGCAAAAAGAAGAAGGCCGCCUACCGUCAGCGAGACAACGAGGCCUCCGACGACGGCGUCGCUGUGCCCACAACGACGGCCGACGCGCCGACUGGGACCUCACAAUGCGCCGCAGCCGGCCCCGACUCGAGCGCCCCGGCCAACGUCCACAUUAAGAAGGAGGACAGCGACGAUGAGAAGGAGCACCUCGACGAGGGUGAAGACGCGGGCCUGUCGGUGGCCGAGGUGUUGAAGCUGAGGAAUGCACGCAAGGCCAAGACGCGCGGCGUCGACCUGCGCGCCGACUCUGGAUCCAAAGUGGUGGAUGAGCCGACUUCGACAGAGCUGGUCGUCAAGGAGGAGAUGCCCAGCCCUGCGGCGGCGGUGGUCGCGGGCUUGGGCAGGCGAUUCGCGGCUCAGACCGGUUUGGUCGGCGAGCUCGUCAACAGACACAUGGAGGAAUAUAUAGAAUCAGAGUUGGCUAGGCGGAAGCAUGCGACAGGCGCGACGACGACAACAACAGCGAGCUCCUCCACAACGACAUCACACGACAGGCGGCAAGAAUCCGAACAGGCUGCCGGCGCGUCCAGCAGCGGCACCGGAGGAGGCCUUCUCGCCGAGACGCCGGCGCAGCCCGCAACCCGAGGCAAGCUGCAGGAGGUAGACCUUGGACAGGAGAUGCGCGAGCGCAACGUCGUCGAGACGGAGCGUGCCGCGAAGCGACUCAGAGGCGAAGAGGUCGGCGAAGAAGGCGCAGAGGCGGGCGAGGCCGACAGGGGCAAGCCUGCCAAGCGGAACCGUCGGCCUAGCGAAGACGCACUCCGCGAUAAGAUGGUGGAGCAGUUUUUACUCGAAAACAAGAUGGAAAACUACCAGAUGGAGGAUGCCCAAGAGCCGGAAGACGGAAGGGCGCACGACGCAAGGGUGGCCGACGAAUUCCGUCGCGAGUUCAUGGAAGCCAUCCACCAGCGCAACCGCCGCCGACGACCAGCCAUCAACCAGCACAAGCGGGCGCCAAAGAGAGACGAGUCGGAGAUCCUCAAGGGGCCCAAGCUCGGCGGCAGCAGGAAUUCCAGGGCUGCCAUCCGCGAUAUUUUGCUGAAGCAGGCAAACGAGAAGCGGGCGGCGGAACGAUCGUGAAUUCCUGCCGCCGUGGAGUGUCAAGAAUGUGCAAUAUUUUGGUUUCUCUUUCCUUUGCUAUCAUACUUCUGGACUUUUGGACUGGAUGGUUGCAAACUUGGUAUCUUGGUAACAUUAAAUUGAUGAAGCGUUUCGGUCUGACCGCACAAUAAUCUUGAGAAUACAGGGGAAUCUGACAAGCCAAGAUGUUCAAAUCCG